AUGGACAUGGACAUGAGCCCUCUAAGGCCCCAGACCUAUCUUUUCACUGUGGGGGAAGAUGCAGAGUCAGAAUAUGAAGAGGAAGAGGUUGUGAAAUUCCUUAGCAAUCUGGAAAGUGUUCUAACCUUGGAAAAAGCAAAACUUGGUGCUGGUGAAAAUGAUGACAAAGAUGAUAAAGAUGAUGAGGGAGAAGAAGAAGAAAAAGAAGAAGAAGGGGGAGGGGGAGCGGGAAGGGGAAGAGGAGGAGGAGGAGGAGGAACAGGAGAUGAUGAACAUGAUAAUGAGGAGGAAGCUGAAGAAAAAGCUCCAGUAAAAAAAUCAAGAUCAAAAUGUCCCCAAUCCUUCAAAGAACAGGAAAAAACUCUUAAAACGCCCAAAGGACCUAGUUCUGUAGAGGACAUUAAAGCAAAAAUGCAAGUAAGUAGAGAAAAAGGUGGUUUUCUUACCAGAGUAGAAGCCAGGUUCAUCACUUAUGUGAAGAAUUGUUUCCAGAUGACUGACCAGGAGGUUAUUCAAGAUCUCUAG